AUGAACCAAGUGUUUAGUGCGUACUUGGAUAAGUUCGUGGUUGUCUUUAUUGAUGACAUAUUAGUAUAUUUGAGGGACCGGGAUGAUCAUGAGAAACAUUUACGUUCAGUCCUGCAAACUCUGCGAGAAAAUAAGUUGUACGCUAAAUUGUCAAAAUGUGACUUUUGGUUGGAAAAGGUCUCAUUUUUGGGUCAUUUUGUUUCUAAAGAGGGUAUUUCGGUGGAUCCGGCGAAAGUAGUGGCAGUUCGAAGUUGGCCGUCGCCAAAGAAUGUCACCGAAGUACGAAGUUUCUUAGGCUUGGCUGGGUAUUACCGUCGUUUUGUCAAAGAUUUCUCACGAAUUGCUCGGCCUAUGACUUCGUUGAUGAAGAAAGAGAAGAAGUUCGAGUGGACUGAUGAGUGUGAACAGCCCUUCAUAACUUUGAAGGAAAGAUUAACCACAGCCCCUGUUCUUACUUUACCUGACCCAAAGUUGGAUUAUACUGACCGUAAGGUGACUGUGUACGCAUCACGACAAUUGAAAGUACAUGAAGUUCAUUAUCCUACCCAUGAUCUGGAGUUAGCUGCUAUAGUGUUUGCUCUCAAAAUAUGGCGCCAUUACUUGUAUGGUGUCAAAUGUAAGAUCUACACUGAUCAUCAGAGUUUGAAGUAUCUCUACACUCAGCCUGAUUUGAACAUGCGACAACGUCGGUGGCUAGAGUUGAUGACAGAUUAUGAUUUAGAGUUCAUAUAUUAUGAGGGAUGA